AUGGAUAAUAAGACAUAUUUUUUCUAAAUAAAGGCCAUUUUCUAGAAGAACUUGCUAUGCUCUUUUAGAAACAAAGAAUUUUUAGCAGAAACUCUAAUUCCAUUUUUUUGUGGAUUGAGUUUAGCUGCUAAAGAUAUUGAUGGAACUCAAUUGAUAUCUUUUUUUUCUCCAUUUUUUGUUGCUUUGGCCAUAUUUUCAAAUCCAAGAUCACUAUUGAUACAUCUAUGUGAAGAGAAGGAGCUAAAGUUUAAGGAAACUCAAAAAAUUAUGGGUUUGAAGCAAAACUCGUAUUUGAUAGGAUGGAUGCUGUACGCUUACUUUAAAACUUUUAUGUCUUUUGCAAUAUUUAUUCUUACUUGGACCUUGUUUGGAUAUAUCAUAAAUGAGAGACAUGAUCGAAACAUAUUUGGAUUUGAUAAUGACACAGCAUGGUAUAUCAUAAUUGGACUUUACUUCAUGUAUUCAACAGCUUUGAUACAUCAUUCAAUGUUUUUAACAACAUUCUUUUCGUAAUCAAAGACUGCAAAUGAGAUUACAACAUUUUUAUUAGUUGUAUCAUUAAUCUUACCAUUUUUUGGAUUUGUUGAUAAAUUUUAAAGUACCUUCUUUUUUGUUUUGAUUUCCCUAUUUCCAUAAACAUGCAUUGCACUUACAUAUAUAUCAACUCAAUAUGGAGUGUUUCGAUAUUUGAAUAACCAACUUGAGAUAUAUUUCUCUUAUGGAACGAUGGCAAUAUAAUUAGGAGUAUUGUCAGCUGUAUAUUUGUUGCUGUAUUUUUAUUUCGAUGCCAUAAUCCCUAAUGAAUAUGGUAUUGCCAAACACCCAUUGUUCUUUCUAAAUUUUACCAAAGGUAAAAAAGAGAAACGAAAAGUUGAUUUAGAGAAUCCUUUGAUAUAAUAGGAAUAAGAGAAUGUAGCUUCUUAGACAUAUAAUGAUGAUGGCUCAAGUGCCUUUUAUCAUGAGCCAAGAAAUUACUUAAAUGUUAAACCCUCAGUUAAGAUAAGAUCGAUAGUGAAGAAGUUUGGGAACUUUACGGCUGUAGAUUAAGUGAGUUUGAAUUUGUAUUAGAAAGAAAUCUUAUGCUUAUUGGGACAUAAUGGUGCUGGAAAAACAACAACAAUUAAUGUACUAACAGGAUUACUUAGUUUAACAGCAGGGAAGGUUUACGUUUUUGAUGAGGAAUUGGAGAGCAAUUUGGAAGAGAUUAGAGAGAGGAUUGGAAUAUGUAAUCAAAGGGAUGUUUUAUAUGAUGAAUUGACAGUCAAAGAGUAAUUAUAGUUCAUGGGAAGAGUGAAAGGACUAGAAGGCAAUGACUUAGAGUAAGAGAUAUAACAAAUACUGUCUACCACAUUAUUGACUAAUGAAUAGGAGAAAAUAACAAAGACUUUGAGUGGAGGAAAUAAAAGAAAGUUGUCUUUGGCAUAAGCAAUCAUAGGAGGAUCAAAUGUAUUAUUUUUAGAUGAACCAACAUCUGGAAUGGAUGCUUAGACAAGAAGAGGAAUUUGGGAAAUAUUGGAGAAAGUCAAGGCUGAGAACAGAACUCUUGUACUUACAACUCAUCAUUUAGAUGAAGCUGAAGAGUUGGCUGAUAGAAUUGCUAUUAUGGCUGCUGGCAAAUUACUAGCUUGUGGCAGAAGUGAAUACAUAAAACAGAAUUUUGGAGAAGGAUAUUCCAUUUCAAUCACUAUACUCGAUAAGUCAAUUAAUAAAGAAGAAGUUAUUAAAUUUACUUAAGAAAAUUUAGUAUAAGCAGUUUUGGAUCCUCAAUCAUCAUAACUUUCAAUUCUAUUUAAAAUUAAAUUUAAUUAGAAAAAAUACUUACUUAAUUAUUUCUAGGCAUUGGAGAAGGAAUUUCAAAAUAAGUUAUCAGUUAAUUUCAGGAUUAAUUCCCUUGAAGAUGCUUUUAUCAAUAUUGGAAUGGAUGAAGAGAAGUUCCUAGAGAGAGCCAAAAGGAUGGUUGAAGGGAGAACCAGUGUCAAUGAGGAUAGAGAUAGUGUGAUUGGAACUGACCAGUUUGCUGAACUUAAGUCCAAAGUUCCAGUUCCAGAUUGUUUGAAUAGAGCACCUAUUUAUUCUUUUAAAGAGUAAACAUUGGCCAUUUAUCUUAGAAAAUAUUACACAACCAUUAGAACCUUCAGCAAUUAUUUAGCUAUCAUCAUUCCCUUAGCAUUGAUUAUUACUGGAAUUGUCGUCAUUGGAGAAAUGGAUCUAGGAGAAGAGAAUAAAGACACUAAAGUCUUCAGAAUGAUCUUCUUCUCAAUCUUUGCUAUUAUUGCACUUUGUUUUAAUUCAUCUCUAUUUAUUAUGCAGCCUGUUUUAGAAAGAGAAACCAACCUUAAAUAUGCUUUGGUAGCUAUGGGUUGUAGACCAGUGCCUUAUUGGUUUGGAACUUUUCUAUUUGAUUUCACUAUUUAUUUUGGAAUGAUGACGAUUAUCAUUUUGAUUUCACUCUCUUAUGAAUUCCUAAGUGAAAAAGUAGGUAAAAUGAUUUUUAUAUUCUUCUCAUUUGGAGUAUCCUUCAUUAUGUUUUCUUUCCUUAUUGGGACACUGCUCUAUGAAAAAGCAUCAAAAGCAAUGAAAACAUUCCCAUUUUUAAAUUACUUUAUUUUCUUUGCUCUUCCCUUGAAUGUUUGGCUUAUUGUAGCCUUGAUUUUUAUGAAUGGAAAUGAUUCUCAGGAAUUAUCAAGUGGAUAAUCUAUUGUUAUUAAGCUUGUAGAUUUGCUGUGUGCUCUCAUCAGCCCAUUUUACGCAUUUUUCUAGGCCAUUACCAAGUCUAAUGACAUUGAAGGAGGAGAUAUACCUUACAUCUCAAAUGUAUUUUGGCCUUAUUGUUUAAUCAUGAUCUUUUAAAGCUUUGCAUUCUUUUAUUUGAAUAUGCAUAUUGAAUAAAUGAAAUACUUCAAAGGGAUCUCCUCUAAUAAUCAAAGAUGUAAUAAUUAUAUUCCUGCUCCAAUCAAGGAUCCAGAAGUACUCAAUGAAAUCCAACAAAUUUCUAAUGGAACCAAGAAUACUCCCAUUAAAGUCCUGCGCUUACAAAAGUCAUACAACCCCUCAAAUUUCUUGGCAGUUAAAGAUAUAACAUUUGGAGUAGGACAGAAUGAAAUUUUAGGUUUACUAGGUCCAAAUGGUGCAGGCAAGUCUACUACUUUUAACAUUUUAACUUCAUUAAUUACUAAAUCAUCUGGAAAUGUUAAAAUUAAGGACGUUGAAAUAGAUAGAACUAAAUCGGAUGUAUUUAGAGACACUGGUAUCUGUCCUUAAUUUGAUUGUAUUUGGGAAAACCUUACUCCAAGGGAACAUCUCUAUCUAUUUGGAAGAAUGAAAGGUUUAAAUGGAAAUGAUCUUCAUUAAAGUGUAGCCUACUUCUUAAGUACCAUGUAAUUAGAAGAAUAUAUUUAUCGAAAAUCUGGAUUACUUUCAGGAGGAAAUAAGAGGAAGCUCUGUGUCAGUAAUGCACUUAUUGGAGGACCAAGCAUUUAAUUCUUCGAUGAACCAAGCACAGGAGUUGACCCAAUUGCAAGAAGGUUUUUGUGGAAAACACUCAGACAAGGAGUCAAGUUAAGGUAAAGUUCAGUGGUUUUGACAACUCAUACUAUGGAUGAAGCUGAAAGUCUUUGUGAUAGAAUAGCUAUUAUGAUUAAUGGUGAAAUAUUUUGUUUAGGCAAUCCAAAAGAACUCAGAGAUAGAUAUGGAGAAGGAUAUAACAUUUCGAUUAGAAAUCCUACUAGCAGAGAAUAGAUCUUUAAGAUCAUCUAGGAAUAAUAUUCAGAAGCCAAGGAGAGUUAGUAGACUCACGAGGAAUAUUAAUCGAUACAUAUACCUACUCAUUAAUUUUAAUUCUUCAAUAUGUUUCAAUUGUUAACAGAAUUAGAGCAAAAAAAUUGCAUCAAAGAUUUUACGAUAAAUUAGUCAACUUUGGAAUCUGUAUUUUUAUAGUUUUCUUAACUCUAAUAGUAACAAUAAUAAGUUUCAUGA